AACAAACACGCAGCUCGAUUCUCUCCACAGACUCGGGCUCCAACCAUCCAGGCCGACCACCGCGCCGCCGCCGGAGCUCCAGUCCGCCGCCGCUAAUUCGGCCCAAACUCCAGUAGUAAUUCAAACCCUAGGUGCCAAGCACCAACGACGACCUCGCAUCCCGUCGCCCCCCUCCUCCCCUAUCGCGGAAACCCCCUCCCCCUUCGCCUGUGCUAGGGUUGCAGCCGUAACCCGCCGGCUUUGGUUCCCAGGGAGCACGAGCCUGACCGGAGAAGAUGUCGACGACGCAGAAGAAGAAGAGUAACUACAAGGAGAAGAUGGCGCGCCGGAAAGAGGAGAGCAAAAAAGAAGAACCAGAGACACCGAGGUACCGAGAUCGUGCCAAGGAGCGCCGUGAAGAUCAAAACCCGGACUAUGAACCUACAGAGCUUGGUUCAUUUCAUGCCGUGGCACCUCCUGGAGCAGAUUUGAGGCUAGCAGAUGCCCAAAAGAUUUCAAUUGAGAAGAGCAAAUAUCUUGGAGGCGAUUUGGAGCAUACUCAUUUGGUCAAAGGGCUGGACUUUGCUCUACUAAACAAAGUACGAAGUGAAAUCAAGAAGCCUGAUGCAGAGGACGGGAAGGAUGCCAAGGCUAGGGAAACAAAAGAAGAUCGUUCAAUCUCAUUCCGCACUGCAAUUGCAAAGUCUGUCUACCAGUGGACUGUAAAGCAACAACAAAGCAUGAUAAAGACGAAUGAAAUGUUUCUUCCUGGCCGGAUGGCAUUUAUUUACAAUAUGGAGGAUGGGCUUAACAAUGAUAUCCCAACAACUGUUCACAGGAGCAAAGCUGAUUGCCCUGUUCCAGAGGAAAUGGUUACUGUCAGUGUAGAUGGUUCUGUACUCGACAGAAUUGCCAAGAUCAUGUCAUACCUUAGACUUGGAUCAUCAGGGAAGGUCUUGAAGAAGAAGAAAAAAGAGAGGGAUACAAAAGGGAAGAAUAAUUUGGCAGGCGGUGACUAUGACGAGGCAGUAAGACGCCAAACAAAUGGUUCUGCUCUUAAACAGCAUUCAGAAAAGGAACUUCUACCACCUCCACCUCCACUCCCACGAAAGAGUAACUUCAGUGAAAAGGAGAAACAUAAACCUUCUGUCCCUAUUGCUCGUGAAGAUGAUGAUGACAUAUUCGUUGGAGAUGGAGUUGACUAUACUGUUCCUAACAAAGAAAUGAGUCGGAGCCCUAUCUCUGAAGAUAUGGAUGAAUCCCCACAUAACCAUCAGAAUCAGUCCCAUUUGACUGAACCUGCGUAUGGCCCUAUUCGACCAUCUGAACCUGCGUAUGGCCCUAUUCGACCAUCUGAACCUGUGUAUGGCCCUAUUCAACCAUCUGAACCUGUGUAUGGCCCUAUUCAACCAUCUGAACCUGCUCAAGCUUGGCAACAACAAUUGGAUGGUUAUGAUCCAAUUCAAGCUCAAAUGGCAGCUGCUGGAUAUCAAGGCGAGUGGCCAGCCUAUCAGUAUCCUGAACAGCAGCUGGCUUAUCCAGAGCAGUACAUGCAACAGGGUACUCUGGGAUAUGAUGUCUUAGCUGACCCAAAUAUAAUUCAGGAUCCAAGGUUGAUGACUCAAGCAGACAAAGAUAAGGGUCUAGGUUCUGUUUUCAAACGUGAUGAUGACAGGCUCAAGCAGCUGAGGGAAAAAGAUGCGCGAGAGAAGGACCCAAAUUUUAUUUCAGAUAGUUACUCUGAGUGCUAUCCUGGUUAUCAGGGGUACAAUCAAGAGAUUGCAGGGAGUGAUGAUGAAGAUGAUUUGUCCAAGAUGGAUAUGGGUGGAAGGGCGAAGGGCCGUCUUCACCGGUGGGACUUUGAGACGGAAGAGGAGUGGGCGAAAUACAAUGAUCAGAAGGAAGCCAUGCCGAAGGCAGCAUUCCAGUUUGGGGUGAAGAUGCAAGAUGGCAGGAAGACCAGGAAGCAGAACAAGGAUCAGAAGCUUAGCAACGACCUCCACAAGAUCAACAAGAUUCUGGCGAGGAAGAAGGGUGAUAAAGAUGGAGGCGAAGGGCAUUAUGACGAUGAUAUGCCUAGCGGGAAGAAACAGCGCGCUUGAUCUCACUGGUCAUCAUCUUUUAUUCAUCCAUCUUACUGGAACUGUAACAUGGCCCUGCUUUUCUAGCUGAAACAGUGCAGAUCUGUAGGUCAGUGUUAUUUACAUAUGCAUCAGUAAUUUCAUUUGUUAGCAGAGCCAGCCUUGCAUGUAACCAGAUGGUCAUGAAAAGUAUGUAACAAUAUACCAGAAAGAAGGAAAAUAUGCUGAA